UCAAUCAAACAUGUAAGUACCAAAGUUACAAUUGUAGACCCAUUAACGAAAAGGAUGGCACCAAAGAUAUUUAUAAAGAACGUGUUAAAAGAAUGAAUAUUAAACGUAAUUGUUGAUAAAACAACAUUAUGAGUACUUUGACACUCAUAGAUCGCUUGUGUGUUUAUGAUAUUUCACGUUCAAUUAUGAUAUACAUGAAUGAGUUAUAGCAGGAAUAUCUUAAAUGCAUUGCUGUUGUACCAUAAUGAAUGUUCUUCAGUUAUGGAUGACGUUAAGUUAAAAAUUAGUGAAGUGGUACUUGGAAGGAACUAUGUCAAAUUAAAUGACAUACAACUGCCAACUCGCAUAAGUUUUUAGCUAGCAUAUGAUGUAUGUUGUGACCAGUUAACUAAGGAAUUCAUUAAUGAGAAUGCGCAUGUUAUGUUCACAUUAAGGAUUUUCGGAUAAUUUAAAAAUAUCUCAUGCAAUUUAUGAAGAGAACUUCCAAUGAAAUUAAAAUGUAAUGGGUUAAUGAAGUAAAAUGAAUUCUUUAUUGUCGACGUCUUAUGUGUGGUUACAAAUAAAUGAAGUUUACAUGUAAGAUGACUUAAAUGAAGGUGGCAAAGAGCACUUAUGUAUUAAUGUAUGAUAAUUCAUGAAUUUGUGUGAUAGAUGUGCAUUCGAAAUGCUAUAAAAAGAGACCAAUUGGUCCUUUCUCCACCCAUUAAAGUUUGUACCAAUUCCAUCAUUAUAUAGUACUUAUUAAUGUGAUAAUAAGAGAGAGAAACUUGCAGGAUUUCUUUGGAAUUACCUGCUCACAAAAUAUCAUUUUUUCUUUGCUGUAUUUUAAUAUGUGAAAGUCAUAAAGCUCUAAAAGUCGGGACUAACUGUUCAUACAGUAUUUUUUCUUUUGCAGUUUCAGUUGGACUCUGUUCUUUGUAAAUUCAUAGUUUACGUCAUUUCUUCUUUGUUCUGUGUAAAUUGCUCAAAGAAGGGUAUCCAUGUACCAACUCUGGGUCACAAAAGUUGUGAGAGGCCUCUGAUGUUGGAAUGUUUUCUUCCCAAGGUGGACUUUUGAAGCAACCUGUAUUUGAUUGUUCACCCAAAAAAGUUCAUGGACAUUCAUAAACAGUCAGCUCCACGUCACUGAAGAAGUUUAGCUGCUUAUUAUCUGCAAUUGCUCACCUUCAAUUUGGAAGUGUUUGGCGAAAGGCACGACAUUCAUAGAUUACAAAGUAUCUCAGAUGGCGUACAUCCGUCUGCUCGAGAUCACUCCUCUCAUCUUUGAAAGGCUUUCUAGAAAUUCUGGAAUAAUUUUGGAAAAUGUAGAUACCAUUAAAUGGCUUCAUGAUUUGACAGAUUUGGGAAAGUCAUCAAGUGACGCCGUGGUUAGAUAUUGGAAAGAGACAUUGGCUUUUUUGCUUGGUCUAAUUGAAAAGGUUGAAGCAGCAAUGUACACAAAAGAAGAUUCUAAAGCAUACUUCUGAAAGGAAAAGAAAAAUUGGCAUUGAAACAGAAAAUGUCACUACAACAGGUGAAGGCAAGCAUGCUUUUCCACCAGCAAAGGGUGCUACUAAGAAUAACACGAGUCAGGGAUGGUAGUUAUGUGUGGUUUAUGAAAAAUGUUGCAACUGUAGAAAUUGAAGUUAUAAAGGACAAAUUUGAACAGGGUGUGAAGUCUACAGUGAUGAAUCAAGUAAACAGUGAAGAAAGUUGGGGCAGCCCAACUAGUGAACGUCAAAUUAAUCACGAGUGAUGAUUUUAUACUUGGUGAAAACAAGCUAUGGGAUGGUGGAUUCAACAUUUAUACCGGUGGCAUUUAUGGACCUGACCUUUGAAGAAGAGGAAUGGAUACCUCUCAAAUGUCAUUUGAAUGAUUCAGACGAUUAGGUUAAUGAUGAUGGGUUCCAAUUUGACACGAAUGCACCUGAACGUGUUGUGGUGGGAUUUAAUGCAGACCCAACGGUUGAAUUUGAGGUUGCAGGUAUAGAGGAGUUAGAAAAUGAUGAUGGUUAUUGUCCAAGUGAGGAAGAAUUGCAUACUGAUAAUUCUUCUAGUGAAGAGAAGGAUUAUAGCUUUCCUUUUUAUGACGUUGAAAAGGAAAAGUAUAACCCACAGUUAGAGGUUGGAAAGGAGUUCAAAAAUAUUGAGGAGUUUAAACAAGCUGUUAGGAACCAUGGGGUUGCAACUAGGCACAAUUUUAAAUUUUGGCCGAAUGAUGAUGAGAGAGCACAGGCUAUAUGCAAAAAAGACAAUUGUAAAUUUAGGAUUUGGGCGUCUUUGAAUAAAGCGCUUGGUUGCGUGCAAAUAAAAUCUAAAAAUUCAGAGCAUACAUGCAUGAAAGACAAAACAAAUAGGCAUUGUACUGCUAGGUAUAUAGCGGAGAGGUAUUUGGAGACUUUUAAAGUAGAUCUUGAUUGGAAGACUAGACUGAUUAAGAAGGCUGUAAAGGAUGACUUGAAAUUGACAAUCAGCGAUGUUACUACUUGGCGGGGGCUAGAAGAUAUGCUAGGAUAUUAAUAGAGGGUUCCGAUCAAUAUCAAUUUGGCUUGCAUAGAUCUUUUGCCAUUGAAAUAUUGCGAACCAAUCCCGGUUCUACAUGUAUCAUUGCCAUGAAUGCUGAAAAGUUUCAAGGAAUAUAUGUUUGUUUAGAAGCUUGCAGUGGCAUUAGAUGCGAACAACUGUAUUUAUCCAGUAGCGUAUGCUAUAGUGGAGAGAGAGAAUGCUACUACUUGGAGGUGGUUUAUUGGACAUCUCGAUGAAGAUUUGAAAAUUAUGAAUAGUAAUGAGUGGACUUUUAUGAUCGGUAGACAAAAAGAUUUACAAAAUGUGAUAGAGGAUUUAUAUCCAAAGGCUGAACAUCGAUUUUGUGUCAGACACAUGUACACCAAUUUCUUUAGAGCUGAUUUUAAGGGUUUGACUCUGAAGGACUAUUUGUGGAGGGCUGCAAAGUCAACAACAAUUUCCGAUUGGAAGUUCUAGAUGGAUGAAAUUGAGAAGGUGAGCAAGGCUGCACAUGGUUGGUUAAUGAAGAGGCACUCUAGUGAGUGGAGUAAAGCUCACUUUUUGACAAAGGUGAAGAGUGAUAUAGUUCUGAAUAAUCUUUGUGAGGUAUUCAAUAAUGUGGUGUUGGGGGAUAGGGAGAAGUCCAUAUUGACCAUGUUAAUUGAUAUACACGCAAGCUUUAUGAAAAUGAUACAAUCAAGAAGGGAUAAGAUGAGUAAAGCCUUAGGACAUUUAUGCCCUAAAAUACAACGAAAACUAUUGAAGAGCAGUGAAAUGGCCGAGGGAUUCGAGGUGGACUGGUCAGGGGGAGCACAAUCUUACGUGAAGUGUUCGAGUGGAGAAUACGUUGUCGAUCUGCCAAAUAGGACGUGUGCAUGCAGAAGAUGGGAUUUGACAGGGAUUCCUUGUGCUCAUGCAGUCGCCGCUAUUGUAGACAGAUAUGAUGAGCCUUGGAAGUACGUUCAUGAGUGCUAUAGAUUUGAUACCUACCUCAGUUGCUAUGAGAAUAUUAUUAAUCCUAUAAAUGGCUCAAAACUAUGGCCCUCAAGUAAUGCCCCACCAAUCAAACCGCCCAGUUGGUUUGUGCCCAGAAGGGGUAAAAAACAGAAGAGAAGGAGACAACAGGAAGAAGAUGUCAUCACCCGUUCAGGCUCAAAAGCAAAAAUGAAGAAACAGGGAUUUGUGCUUAUGACUUGUAGUGUCUGUGGAGGAAAGGGACACAACAAGCGAUACCAUCAGGGGCCUGACGCACCACAAGAGGCAAAGCCAAUGCCUAGGAGAUCGAACACGACUUCAAGAAAUGAAGUUCAACCACCAUGACCACAACCAUUUGAGUUUCAAUUCAUGCCGACGCCUGGAUUAGUUGUAGCAAAUGGUACAGAAUAUGAUUGGAGUGAUCCUUCACUUGCUAAGCGAGGUUAUUUGAGAACUGAAAAUAUCUCAAUCCAAAGAAAAUGCAUAGAAGAGGGCAGCAACCCAUGCAGUGAAUCAGUAGAACAAUAAUUUCUUUUUAGUACUUUGAAGUUAUGCCAUAUUUUGCAACAAACUAGUCGUGGUUGUAAUCAAAUGCUUAAUUUACUGUUUGUGCUUUCAUUGUGGAAUGAAUGAAGGCUUUUUUGA